GCCACCAGCACCACUGCGUCCCGACCCCAGUUCCAGCCCGGCUAUGGAGACACCGCUGCGGGAUGGGAUCCUCUAUCAGCAGCACGUGAAAUUCGGAAAGAAGUGUUGGCGGAAGGUGUGGGCGCUUCUGUACCCCGGCGGCCCCUCGGGAGUGGCACGGCUGGAGAGCUGGGACGUGCGGGACGGCGGCCCCGUGGGGGACAAGCCCAGCAGCCGGCGAGGGGAGAGGCGCGUCAUCCGGCUGGCCGACUGCGUGUCCGUGCGGAGCGUCGACGGCGAGAGCUGCCCACGGGCGGCCGCCGCCUUCCUCCUCAACACGGCCGAGCGCAGCCACGUGCUGGCGGCCGAGCAGCGGGCGGAGUGGGUGGCACAGAUCUGCCAGCUGGCCUUCCCGAGCAUGAACGAGAGCCUGGGGCUGGGGGAAUCAGGCCCGCUGCCCCGUGGGGAACUCCACAUGGAAGAGAACUCUAUCUACUCCUCCUGGCAGGAAGUGGGAGAGUUCCCCGUGUUGGUACAGAAGACGGAGGCGGCAGCGCGGUGCCAUUUAAAGGGAAACUACGUUCUGGUCACCACCAAGGAUGGCAUCCACCUGAACGAGCCCUCCGGCCGCCAGCCCCUCUACGUCUGGCCUUACCACUUCCUCCGCAAGUUUGGCCAAGACAAGGGCGUGUUCUCCUUCGAGGCCGGCCGCCGCUGCGACUCGGGCGAGGGCCUCUUCGCCUUCGGUUCCCCGCGUGCCCCCGAGCUGUGCGGAGCCGUGGCCUCCGCCAUCGCCCGCCAGCGGGAGCUUCUCCGGGAGCCGGGCCGGGGCGGCGGGGGCGGCGUCCUCCCGCGGGCCUCGUCUCUGCCCGAGGUGGAGCCGGAGACGUGGCUGGAGCCGGCCCUGGAGCUGCGCGACACGGCGGAGGGCUGCGGGGGCCCCCCGCGGGCGGGGCGGGCCCGGGUCCUCCCCGAGCGGGGGCCGCAGAGCCUGCCCCCGUCCCUGAGCGUGUCCGAGGAGCCGGGCCUGCCCGGAUGCCCGUCGCCCGUGCUCUACGCCUCCGUGUGCAAGAGAGCCAGCGUAGGGUCGGGCCUACCCGGCGGAGCCGGUGAGGAGGGGCCCGGGCCCGACAGGCCCAAGGCGUGGGAACACCUGUACGAGAACCUGUGCGGCCUGGAGAGGAGGGCCGCCGGGCCGCAGGAGCCGGGGGGCCGCGAGGCCCUGGACGGCGGCUCCAGCGGCCUCUCCCCCAUCUACGACAACAGCCUGGGCCUGGGCUGGCCCGGGCCGGCCUCCACUGAGCCCAGCCUGGAGGCCCAGUACCGGCGCCUCCUGGAUCCGGAGGGGCCCGACGGCAGAGAGGACGGAGCGGCGGGAGAGGAGGAGGAGGAGGGGGUGGAGGAGGAGGAGGGGGCCGCUCCCGGCCGGGCCAAGCCGCAGUCGGGCUUCAAGGCCAAGCUGGUGAACCUGCUGGGCCGGGAGAGGCCGAGGAAAGGCCCCGGCCCCAGCGAGAAGCCCUGA